ACUCUUCUCUCCCCCUCACUCUCAACUUUCUCUCUCCACUCUCUCUCUCUCUCUCUCUUUAUCUCUCUCCACCCCUCCAACAAUGGAGCCGUGGCUCGACGACCUAGCCGACGACCUCCAGAGCCUCAGCUUCACUUCCAGCACCACAACCAACACCACCGCCACCACUGCCGAAAUCAACCGUAGCACAAGCUCAGGCUCCGAAGCCACGCUUGCGGCUUCCUCCUUCUCCUCCUCCGCACAUCUAGGCUCCGCGGUCGGGUCGAAGCCGCAUGCGCAGUCAAAGGACCCUUGCUGGUCCGCCAUCCACAGGAUGCGAUCGGAAUCGCCGAACCGGCAGUUGACUCUGGCGGACCUCCGGUUCGCUCAGCGGCUGGGCUCCGGAGACAUAGGCUCGGUGUACUUGGCGGAGCUGAAAUGCGGCGGUCGGGGCGGAGGCGGCGGGGGCUGUGUUUUUGCGGCGAAGGUGAUGGACAAGAAGGAGCUGAUGAGUCGUAGCAAAGAAGGAAGGGCGAGGACAGAAAGGGAAAUUCUGGAAUUGUUGGACCACCCUUUUUUGCCCACGCUCUACGCGAGUAUAGACUCACCUAGGUGGCUCUGCCUCUUGACGGAGUUUUGUCCCGGCGGUGAUUUACACGUGCUCCGACAACGCCAGCCUUUUAAGCGCUUCGAAGAACUAGCCGUCAGGUUCUAUGCAUCAGAGGUGGUUGUGGCUCUGGAGUACGUACACAUGAUGGGGAUAGUCUACCGUGAUUUAAAGCCCGAAAAUGUGUUAGUUCGAACAGACGGCCACAUCAUGCUGACAGACUUUGACCUCUCGUUAAAGUGUGAUAGUUCCACUGCAACGCCUCAGAUUGUUCCUGAUCAAAACCAAACCAUUGCGGCCCCACAGAAAGACUACUUACUUGAUCCACCUCCUUUUGCCUCCUCUUCAUGCAUUAUCCCAAACUGUAUAGUCCCAGCAGUUUCAUGCUUCCACCCAAAAAGUAAACGCAAGAAGAAACCGGGCCACCGUAAUGGGCCCGAGUUUGUGGCCGAGCCCAUCGAUGUCCGAUCCAUGUCGUUUGUUGGAACCCACGAGUAUUUGGCGCCCGAGAUUGUGUCCGGUGAGGGUCAUGGUAGUGCCGUAGACUGGUGGACUUUAGGGAUAUUUAUGUUUGAACUAUUCUAUGGUGUGACACCUUUUAGGGGUGUGGACAAUGAGUUAACCCUAGCAAACAUAGUGGCCCGAGCACUAGAGUUUCCUAAAGAGCCAGCGGUGCCUGCCACCGCCAAAGACCUCAUCGGACAACUAUUGGCGAAGGAUCCCGGAAGGCGAUUGGGGUCAACCAUGGGUGCAUCGGCGAUUAAGCGUCACCCAUUUUUCCAAGGCGUGAAUUGGGCAUUGUUGAGAUGUACACCACCACCAUUUAUCCCACCACCAUUUAAAUUUAGUAGAGAAAUUGUUGCAAGUGAUGAAAGCUGUACGGAGACACAAGUGGAUUAUUAUUAGUUAACAAAAGUGAAAUAAUAACAAGUAUAUUUUACCAUUUACUUCACAUAA